AUGGCGGAGCCGCGCCGGGUGCCGUUCAUUAGUCUGUCACCGGUGAGGCGCCGCGAGGGCGAGAGCCCGGCGCUGGAGCGGGAGCCGGCAGGCCGCGAGCCGGAGCCGCCGCCGGCGGGCCGCGAGGCGCCGCUGUUGGAGCCGCCGCACGAGCUCUCCCGGCCGGAGCCGCUGCCGCCGCCCCGCGAGAGCGCCGCGCGCCUGGAGCCACCCCGCGAGACCGGCCGGGCCGAGCAGCAGCCGCAGCGGGAGCCCCCCCGGCCCGAGCCGCCGCCGCUGCCGCCGCCGCAGCUACCGCUGCCGCCGCCGCGGCAGAGCAGCCGGCAGGAGCCGCCGCCGCCGCAGGAGGCGCUCCCGCUCCGCCAGACGGUCCGCCUGGAGGUGGUGCUGAAGGACCCCACCGAGGAGGGCUGCGUGGAGUUCAGCUACCCGGAGCUGCUGCUGUGCGGAGACUCGCGGAAGAAAUCUGUUCACUUGGAAGAUCCAUUUAAUGAUGAACAGCGUGAGCGGCAUGAAGUAGAAAUGCUAGCCAAGAAGUUUGAGGCAAAAUAUGGUGGAAAGCCCCACAGACAUCGGAAGGAUCGCCUGCAGGAUCUAAUUGAUAUAGGUUAUGGUUACGAUGAAACAGACCCUUUCAUUGAUAAUUCUGAAGCGUAUGAUGAAUUAGUUCCUGCAUCCCUCACAACCAAAUAUGGAGGAUUUUAUAUCAACACUGGUACACUGCAGUUCCGCCAGGCAUCUGACUCAGAGGAUGAAGACUUUGCAGAAGACAAAAAGCAUAGGCCACCUAAAAUAGCAAAGUUAAAAGAAAGUGAAGAUCGUGGAAUGAAGAAGCGCAAGCGGAAAGAUGAAGUGACAGAAAAGGAGAAGAAGCCUCGGAAAAUGAAACCUCCUAAAUCGUUGGGAGUAAUGGCCUUAAAUUCACACAAGUCUGAAAAGAAGAAAAAGAAACUGUAUAAAGACUCUCUCUCUCUGGCUGCCAUGAUCCGUAAAUUUCAAAAGGAGAAGGAAGCCAUGAGGAAGAAGGAAUCUAGUCCAAAACCGCCAGUGACUGUUGCAGCCUCUACCCCUAGUAAAAUUCCUUCUUCCUCUCUCAAUGCAGGAAACGAUAUUUCUGACUUGAAUCUUAGGAUCAAUGAUCCUGUCCUCUCCAUUUUUGGUAGCACAAAUGAACGUGAACUCAUGCAAGAAGCUGAAAGUGCCCUGGAGAUGUUGGGAGACAUUGACUUUGACAAGUUGCUUGAUGGCACUUCUGAUGGCAGCCCAGUAUCUGAGCUGUCAGGAGAAAAUGGAAAUGUCACUCAGGCAACCUACACCUCUCAGGUCAUGACACCCAAGCAGGUGCCUGCCCUCCCAGAAGGUCUGCCUAUGCUACUUGAGAAGCGCAUUGGAGACCUUCGAACAGCCGCCAAGAUGUUUGAUGAAGAAGGCAGGAAGAAGUUUUUCACGCAAGACAUGAAUAAUAUUCUGCUGGAUAUUGAGCUACAGUUACAGGAGAUAAAUCCUGCCGUCCGCAAUGGAGUGUACUCUCACCUUGAGGCUUUUGUGCCAUGCAAUAAGGACACACUAAUAAAGCGUCUGAAAAAGUUACACCUCAAUGUCCAGGAUGACCGCUUGAGAGAACCACUGCAAAAGCUGAAACUGGCUGUCAGUAAUGUCAUGCCUGAACAGUUAUGCAAGUAUCAAGAGGACUGCCAGGCCCGCAAUCAAGCCAAGAAUGCCAAGUUACAAGCGGAAGAUGAACGAGAGAAAAAUGGAUCAGAGGAAGAUGAUGAUGAGAAACCUGGAAAGAGGGUUGUGGGACCCAGAAAGAAGUUUCAUUGGGAUGACACAGUGAGGUCUCUGUUGUGUAAUCUUGUCAAGAUCAAGCUGGGAUGCUAUGAGCUAGAGCCAAAUAGAAGUCAGUCUGCUGAAGAUUACCUCAAAACCUUUAUGGAAACAGAAGUGAAGCCACUUUGGCCUAAAGGCUGGAUGCAAGCAAGGAUGCUUUUUAAAGAAAGCCGAAGUGUUCACAAUCACCUCACUUCUGCUCCGGCAAAGAAGAAGGUGAUUCUGGCCCCUAAACCCAAAGUGAAGGACUCCAGUCCAAAGAAAGAACAGAAAACCUGUAUGUCUUCAGUCAGUUCAAGUUGCGCUACUGUACUGAGUUCCAGCACGCCUGUCUGCACCCCAGCCAGCUCUAGCUGCACACCAGCUCCAGAGACCAUCUGUUUGGAUGACUCACUGGAUGAAGACCUCUCGUUCCACCCACCUUCACUGGACUCUAUAUCUGAUGCUCUGGCAGUUAUCAAUAAUGGUGCCAAGGGAUCACCUCUUGGAUCCACCAUAGACACACCAACACCCAGACCUCGUCCUGGACUGAGGGAAGAGAAACUAGCAAGCAUUAUGAGUAAGUUGCCCCUGGCAACUUCAAAGAAAGUAGAGCCCACUCAGACAUCCCAUUCAUCAAGUCUUAUUGCUGGUCACACAGGGCCAGUACCAAAGAAACCCCAGGACCUAAUUCACACUGGUAUUUCUUCAGGCCUUAUUGCUGGAUCUUCAAUUCAAAAUCCUAAGGUUUCCUUAGAGCCUUUGCCAGCCAAACUACUUCAGCAAGGACUACAGAGGUCAAGCCAGAUCCAAGCCGCUUCUUCCUCUUCACAGACUCAUGUUUCUUCCUCUAAGGCCCAAGCAGCUAUUUCCGCCUCUCAGAGAACCAAGGAUGCUAAUAUCUUGGUAUCAUCUUCUGAGGCUCAAGGUGGUUCUUCCUCAACAUCGCAAGUGACAAAGGUGCACCAGCAUUCAGCUGUACAGCAGAAAUAUGUAUCUCCUUUACAAGCAACUAUUAGUAAAUCACAGACCAAUCCAGUGGUGAAAUUGAGUAGUAAUCCCAAACUGUCUUGUUCAUCACCAGUCAUCAAGGCUCAAGAUAAGUCCGUAGUAUAUCGCCUGCCUUUGUCUAAUCCCUCGUCUGGAAGUGGCUCUCAAGUGUCUCACCCACUGGUUUCUCGGACAACAUCCAGCACCUCUACCUCUAGUAACUAUUUAGCCAAGGCUAUGGUGUCACAAGUUUCUUCCCAGGGUUUCAAGCCUCCCUUCUCCAUGGCUGCCUCUCCUAAACCUGCUGCCUCUCCCAAGCCCACUGCAUCUAAACCCUCUGUCACACCCAAGCCCAGUGCAUCACCUAAAUUUUCAUCCAAGUCCACCUCAUCCCCCAGGCCUGCAACAACACCCAGUUCUUCCAGCUCAAGUGCACUAGUUUCUCAGAGUAGUCACUCCAGCAGCAACCCCCUUCAUAAACAGUCCAGUGGUGUAAAUAUCAGCAGGCAGUCCCCCACAGUGAAUUUGCUGCCCUCUAAUCGCACCUCAGGCCUUCAGCCUGCAAAGAACCCUCAGGCUUCUUCAAAAUUGCCCAACUCUUCUCCUUCUGGAACUGUUGGUAAAAAUAAUCUGGGUGGAGUUGGAAUGAAUGUACCUGCCAGCAGAGGCAGUAACCUUAACUCAAGUGGAGCUAGUAGGACUAGUCUGUCUGGGGGAGCAGGAAGUGGAACACAGGGUGCUACUAAACAAUUGUCAACUCCACACAGACCAUCUUCUGCCUCAGGGUCUCCAGUUGUAGCAGCCAGUGUGCAGUCAACAGCAGGAGCAUCAUUACUGGCUAACGCCUCACCUCUGACUCUUAUGGCAUCACCCCUGUCUGUAACCAGUCAGAACGUGACAUCUGCACCAUUAACUCCUUUUGGGAUGCUGGGCGGCCUUGUACCUGUGACCGUGCCCUUCCAGUUUCCCUUGGAGCUGCUUGGCUUUGGGACGGACACAGCUGGAGCGACAACCACCUCGGGAUCUACCUCAGCGGCUUUCCACCACAGCCUAACUCAGAACUUACUGAAGGGUUUACAGCCAGGUGCUCAGCACGCAGCAACACUGUCUCACUCACCUCUGCCUGCUCACUUGCAGCAAGCUUACACAGAUGGAGGCCAAAGUAAAGGGGACACUAAGUUACAGCGAAAAAACCAGUGACUUCUGGACAAGCAAGGGAGCUGAAGCAGUUCUGGUUGGCUGACAGAAUCUGCCCAGUUGGGAAAGUGCUUAUUGUCACAGGGCUGCUGUUUCUGUCGAUGUUUACAUAUUUUGAUCCCAAGCACUGUGGUGAGAGGAAGAAGAAAAAAGAAACCAAUACUUGAUCAAAGAGAGAAGGAAAAGGAGGUCAUGCAGACUGGUCAUAGUCUGAUCUUGCCUAAAGAAACAAGCUUUUUUACCUGUUCUGAUUGGCUUUUAAAAGAAAUUGAUCGUCAAACCCACAGCAGCACAAACGUGUUUUGUUUUGGUCUUUCUUUCUGGGUGAUGUCCAAUGAAGAGUUGAAAGCGUUGAGAGGAGCUGGAAUUGGUUUCUCCAUCCAUUGUGUAAGGUGGAAUCAUCCCCUUCAUUAGUGCCCAAUGUACAAUGUGUAGGUCCUGAGUGUACUAUACGGUUGUGGACCAAAAGUUAUCUAGAAUAGAGGUGGUGCUGGGACACUUUGCAUUAUAAUAAAACCCUUACACAAAUGCGAUUUCCCAUACAGGCAUGUUUUCCAGCAUUACAAGGCUGUUUUGGCUUUAGGGAGCCUACAGAUGGGUGCAGUCUAAUUAGAGAAUUGUCUUCAAAAACAGAUCUCUUGGCAUAUCAAGAUGUGGGAAAAUUUCUUGCUCCUUAUUUGAUUGGUUUUGUUUAAAUAUGAAUAUUUAAGGGAGGAAAGGGUUGGAAAUUUUUCCAUUUACAUGAAAAGGAAGCCUACAUUUUAUUGGUCAGACUAGCAUUUCUAGCGCACAUCAUUUUUUUUCAAAGACACACAGAUUUUUCAGUCCUUCCAUUUGUUAAGCUUUGUUUUCCUUUGCCUUGUGCUUAUCUGCUACUGAAAUUAAGUAAUGUUCUACUCAUUUAUUUUUUUAUAAAACAACCAGUUCUUUACUUAUUCUAGAUCUUCCUCAUCUUUCAUCUAAUUCCUCCCAAAAGCCAUGCAUUAUACUGAUUUGGUAGAUAAAGAAAGCUGUUUGUGACCUGUUCCAGAGCCAGGUUAAUACUGCUUCAGGCAUUAGCCAAAGAGGAGUCGUUCAAAAGCGACCAGAGGUGCCUUCUCUUCUGGGGGCUGAAUGGGUUGUCUCCAGCAUGUCCAGCCCCUGCUGGCCUGGGGAGUUCCUGACCUGAAUUCUUUCUUGCAUGGUAGCACAAGACUGCAAAGCUGGCUUUUUUGUUUGGGUUUCUUAUUUUUUUUAACAGCAAUGCAUUGACUGGUUUAUUUGUAAGGUUAGGAGGUAUCCAGCAUAUGUUGCACUUUCGACACUAGGACAGAACUUCACUGUUGAGUCCCUUGCGCUGUCAGGUGAAAGGCGAGAAUAGCAGAAAGUGAAAUAAGUCAUAGGGGAAAGGAGCAAAUAAAGUUGUAUGAUGCCCUUCUCCUUGAACUCCGAAACAUUCCCUUGAUCAGAGAUGCUGAAAUUCUAGUAACUAGUCUUUCCAGUAGUUCAAUUUGAGAAUGAACCAGUGACUAGUCGUUAUCUCACACCUUCCAGAGAGACUCUGACCCUUGGAUAACAAAUCUUCAAUGUUUUUUUCUAGAUUAACUUAUAGCUUUCAGGUUUCUUUUACAUGUGAUUUAUUUUUCUUAGACCAGACAACAAUUCCUUUUCUAUUUAGAGCUCAUUUUAAUUUUAUAUAAAUAUAUAUACAUGAAUUUAAAAUAAUAUAUAUUGUGUAUUUAGUAUAAAAUGUUGGGUUGAGCUCAGCAAUAAAUGUUUUUGCACAACACUUCUGUGAAAGACAGAUUGAAUUAAAAUAAGAUGCAUUAGUUCAUUGAUUUCACUCCACAGCAUCUGCCAAUUAAAUGCUUUUUAGCUAGUGCUAAUGUUUUGUAUGUGACAUGUUAAUUAGAUAAGCUUGCAUCUCCAUCAUCAAGGUUAAUUUUGAGUUGAAACAUACAGCUAUGUAGACCCUGAUAUUCUUAAUACUGUGCAAAUUCUGUCAGAGUAUCAUAUAUUCAGAAAGCAAGCUUUAUCUGAUUUUCCUCCUCCACCACCACCACCUUUUGUCCAGGAAGAGUUGAAGGAAGAUAACUUUCAGGUUUUGAGACCUAACAGUUCUGGCAAAAUGCUGAUUUUCAGAACUGUGUCAAACUGCAUACUUCUUAACAAUGUAUGUAGCUGAGGGAGUUGCAGCAAUGAGCAUCAGACAGCAAUAUAUUUAAAGACCCUGUCCUAAGAGAGUUCUACCUCUUCUAUGUUUUCUUCAUGAAGGCAUCUCAUUCAAAUUGCUGUCUUUUGUCUUCAUAUUUUAAGAAAUUUUAGACCGGGAGACUUGGAGCCCUUUAUACAGCACAGAUUUCCUUUCAGCAUCCCUCCCUUCCUGGAAGUAUGCCUCAUCUUCAGUUAGGGAAUUUCCUCUCUAAAUUUUAAGAAGAGUAAGAGUAGUCCUGUCUGUGCAGCCUACUGAGCUUCUCAGUCUUGGGGAACAAGUAAACUAAUGCUUACCAUGGAAGUAAGCAGUAGGAUGAUGAGACUAAAGAUGACCACAUGUUAUUUGUGAAGCUAGUUCAAACAGCCCCCCAGGGGGUGUGUUCAGUCAUUACGCUCCUGAGCUGCUUUGGAAUCGGCAACAUAGCUCUGAAAGGGUCUACAUCCCCUGUUCGCUGUUUUCCCUGGUUAGACCUAGCAAGGCCAAGUUAAAGGAAAUAACAGAGUGGCUCCUAGAGACCUUUGUGGGUAGCAUAAACAGGGUGGGGAAGUGAAAGAUCUCUGCAACGUCCAAAUGCAAAAUUGGGUUAAUGUUUCACUGUUUUCUGCACAGCAGCUCUUCUAAAGACAUUUUCCCCAAAGUUUUUACUACUUUUUAAGGGCCUUUGUUAAUAAAUAAACUGUAGUUGUACAUACUAAAUAACCCUCAGUAUUCACAAGCAAUAAGAAAGCCACGUAGAGCUGUCUUUUCCAGGCAGCAAGGCUGAACUUGGUUUGGGGACUGUAUAUGAGCUAACACACGAAGCUCACUGAAAGCUCCAAACAAAUGCAAGCAAUAAUUUCAAACACAGGUUUUAGAUGUUAAAACCGUCUGGGUAAUACUCUCUGCUACAUGAUCCAAAGUCCCAAAAGUCAUAGUAGCUAUUUUAAAUCCUUUCAAGACACUUGCAGAGAAAGAAGGCAGGCUAGAUGAAAAACAAGCUGCAAAGCUUCCUGGUAUCUUGGACUGUAACUGCAAUGUUCUCCCACUCCAAGAUGCAAAUAGCCUAAAUCAUUUUGUCUGGCCUUCUCUGUUGAUACGAGAAACAUGACUAAUAUUGAUCAGUUAAGUCACAAGUGUGGAUGCUGUGGGUUUCACAUCUGUUUUCUGCUAAUCAGAAGUAACUUCUAAUUACCUGGGUUCUGCUUCUUGUUUGAAUCCGAUCAAAGUUGUCUUGAUGCACAGAUUUGGGGGUUGGACAGGUGCCAAGAGCCUGUUUCCUUCCUGCAGUCCCAUCACCUGACCCUUCCUCCACACUCCUUCUCCACUUGGUGCAAGACCCCUGAGGACAUGAAAACAGAGAAAUCCUGCAACUCUCCCAAGCUGUCAUCAGUUGUGUGAACCAUUAACCCUCUGGGAGUCAUCUUGGACUCCAACUAACUUUAUCACAUUUGCUGCUACAUUCGUAAAAUGAACUUUUGGGUGUAUUUAUUAGCAAAUUUUAAUCUAGUUUACAGGUUUUUGUUUUGAUUAGUUUUUGCCCACAGAUGGAUUAGAAGUGUUGGGGUGUUUGGGUUGGUUUUGGUUUGGGGUUUGGUUUUGGUUUUUGUUGGGUUUUUUGUUUUUUUUUUGGAGUGACUUGGUGAAGGCGCAGUGGUCCCUCUUCUGCUUGUGUUUUGGAUAUGUUUGAAGAUGGCGUUGCAGGGAAAAUCCAUAGCCAAGCUGUGGAAGGCUUCCUCCCACACUUUCAUCUUUUGCUCAAUCAGGGAGGGGGGAUCAUUAAAGGGACACUUGUUUUUUGUUUGGGCUUGUAAUUUUUUAUUUUUUUACUAUAAAAUGAACCGGAAGGUGAAAGCAGUAGGUAAAUGAGUUAUUAAUUAACACUUUAUGCAAUUUUAAUUUUAUAGACAUUAAAAAGGUUGGUAGAUUUUGAUUGGUCCUAGCUCUGGUGUAAUGGCUGUUACCCUCCAUGACUUACUUGAUUCAGGCCUUUGUCCUUUGUUUAAGUGCCUUUUUUUUUAUUUUUUUUAUUUUUUAAUUUUAUUUCCCUACCCUCUUUAAACUGUUCUCAGAGAUCCUGAAGUGCUGGAGGGCAUUUUGGAGGAAAAUCUUAAGCUUGCCAAAAUGGCUUUAUGCUGUUAAACUAUUUUUCCCUUUUGUAAAGAAAACAAAAAAAGUGUGUAAUGUGUGUCACUUCAUAGCUGCUGUACCAUGGCGUUGGUUCUUUGUGCUUGUGCAUUUUUUCUCUCUCACGCUCACACAUAUGCACACACACACACAUAUACAGCAAUAUUCCUGAGAAACCUCUUUAUCUUUCUGCAUCCUGCUGGCUUUAUUAGACACUUGAAAGGUGAAUGUUUGUGCAAAGAUGGCAGUACAAUAAAAGAGUGUGUGUUGAGUGCAUAUAUGUGCAUGAGAGAAAAGUGGCUAAUGGGAAUGAAACUUCUUGCAUUGUUUUCUGAAGGUUUUAAAUUUGGAUCUUAAUUAGGUGGCAAGUAAAAUAUUAUGGGCCCUGUCUGGCAAUGUUAUUAAAUACAAUUGCUGAGGCGGCGAUGUGUGGCUAGUAAGCCCAAGGAGGGGGGAAAGAAAGAAGGUUAAAAUAGCAGCUUGCAACAAGUUUGAGUUGAGAUGAAUCGCAAGGAAUCUUAUGUGUUGCAUCUGUUUGACAUGAGUUACUGCAAGGAUUCACACAUUUACCAAAGUUGUUGCUUUCUACUGUGCAUCGUAUGUAAGAAGGAAUUUGAUAAAACCUGUAAGAGUCCAGCUGCUAAUUGAAGUUAGACCUGGCUAUGCUGCUCACGCUGCCUAAAACAUUCACCAUGAAGUAUGUUUCAUGUUGUACUUUCUGUUUGUUGAGAUUUCAUCAAUGGUUUGUUCUUUUAAUAUAAUGAACAGUUAAGUUCCUGUGUUGUUAGUUGCAGGUGAACCCUUGUAAUAGUGUCUGUGCUUGUUUCCUUGUUCUCUGACAGAAUUAGCAAAUCUGCAAUAGAUCAUCUAGUGAUUUAUUAACAAUUCUGUGCCAAUAAUCUAUCUUAAUUUAUGAUUAUUAUAAAUGUGUACCUGAAAUUAUCAGUUCACUUGUUGACCAAGUGCUAAAAUUAAGGUAACAUAUGUACACAUCACUAGACUGAGCUAGUUCUGUGAUGUGUUUUCCUGGUAAGAUCUGAUUUUGAGUUGCAAUAUGAAAAGGAAGCAUUUGCUUUCCAGAAUGGGAAUGGAACAAAGAGUCCUUUGUAAGUGGAGAAUCUACCUAGAGAGCAGAAAAUUAGAUACUGACUAUCCUGUGGCAGAGAGUAGCCUAUCUGCUGUUUCAGUCCUUAGCUUGUCUUCACGUGUUUGAGUGAGCCUGUUUAUGUAAACUAGGCCAUAGGCAGAUUACUUCUAUCAAUCUAAUGGUACCAGUCAAAGAUAGGACUGUUGCUGGUAGGUCAGCUAGUUGCAGUGAUAGUGCUUAAUGUGCCUCAGUGCAUCAGUGGAGUUUGCCACAUCCACCGGUGGCAGUAAACUGAGCUAACAUGGCUCUUGUGUUGCUGUUUAAUUUGCUUUGGGCACGUGUGCUCUUUAUCCUAGGCUGAUCUGUGAGAAGGGGAAUCUACAGCUGGUGAUGCUUGACUGUUACAGUCCUUUUUAACAAACGCAGCUGCUGUGAAAAAUCUGUGUCUGUCUACUGCUUAAGAAAUCACUGCCAAAAUAAGCAGCCAGAAGUACGCUUUACUGGGCCACUGGAAAGAUAACUGUUGCAUAGGGGAAUGCUUUGUUUGUGGAAACUUCUGGUGUGGCUUCAUCAUCCUUUUUCUAUGACCCGGUGAUCCCUUGCUGCUGUAAUAGCCUUUUGGGGCCAUAGAAAGCCCUGCUGCUGCUAUGAGUUAUGCUGAGAGAUCAGCAUGGCCUGCAACUGGCCCAAAACUGGGGAAGUACAGAUUCCCUACAGCUGUUUUUGCACACUCCUCACACAUAAAACUCUGCUGAUCUUGUCAGUAGUCAAGAAUAUAGGUCUGUAUUUUGUAGCCAUUUUGACAGCUAUAAUUCUACAGAGCAACUCUAGAAAAAACAAACCUAUGUUUUGUAUCUAAAAGAGGAUUUCAGUCUCUUCCCUUGCUGUCAUCUCCUGCUUAGGUAAUAACCAUUAACCAGUAAGUUUUUCCUUUAUGGUGAAGUAACCCAAAGCAAGUGGUGUACAUGUUGACUCCUGUCAUGCACAAUACUGAGGGGUUUUGGUUUGGUCGUGUUUUUUUUCUUUUUGCCCAGCAGUGUGUGCAGAUGUAUUUUAUCAAUAGAUAGUUACAUUUAUUACUGUCUAGUACUAAGAGAAGAACAGAUAGAGAAUCAACCAAAACCAGUCAAGAGAUACCAUCAUCACAGGCCAAAAUGAGUAGCUGCUGAGGCAGACAGAGCUUGAGACUUACCAGAUUUCACCAGAGAAGUGGGGGAGGAAACUUUCUUGUGUUCUCAGCUUUUUCCAGAUAAGGCCUUAGUUUGAUUAGUAGUCACUAAUAUCAACUAUGCAGAUAAGUAUUUAUGUGUUUCAGUGUUACAUGCAUUCCUUCCCCCAGCUACCCCUCUUAACACAUGUUGAAGUUCUACCCAAAGAAAAUUGAGUAUUUUUUUUAAUGUCUAUACUGCAGAACUUUUUUUGCUAACAUGAAGAAAGUAAGUUGUAUUUUCAAAAAGAAACCCUUUCACUGGUGCAACACCUAGUGUCAUGUGUCAUGAAGUUGCUUUAAGAGGGAAGCUAAAAUCACCUCUUGUGACAGGUUUUUAUUCUGAGAGUUUUUUAGGAUAUUCAGCUCUCAAAAUUGGUGUAAGAAGCUACAGCACUGUUAAACGUACAGAUUGGAUUUGGGGAGAAACUAAUGAGACAUCCCAGGUUUCCUUCCAGUAUCAGAAGUGAAUUAAAUUAAUUUCUCACUUAAAUGAAGUUGCUUCUAAAUAAGGGGAGUUACUGGCUACACAGUAGCUGGAUCCUUGAAGAAAAGUUAAAUCGUGAUCCCCUGGUAUUUCUCACUGAUCUUUUAGUCUUGUAUGUAGUUACAAAUAACAGUUUAGCUCAGAGGUGAGAACUGUAGUGUGUGUUUUAUUGCCGGUGAUCCCAUCAUGUAGCAAUUAGUUCCAUGUUCUUGCAUAGUUCUCAAGAUCCAUACUGGAAAUAGAUGGAGAAAUUUUAUUUUUGGACUACUGUUAAAAAAAAAAAAAAAAAUUCAAAAUUACUACUUUUUGCCCUGAAAAGUCUACUGAGCAGCAUUAUAUUUUAGCAGUUAAACUAGUACCCUUGUUACGUGAUUUGUCUCUUGUAGUCUUCUUUUACUGAGAGUUAGAAGCAUUUCAUGAGUAAUCCUUAAAAUGUUGGCGUUCUCUAGCUUGAAGUCAGGUGCUUAUAAUAAAAGGGCAUCUGUGAUGAUAACUUCUGAUGAUACAAAAGCACUAUGUUCAGAAUAUUUCAUUGGGGAAAAAAAAAAAGACCAACCAGGUGUGGGUGCAAGUCCCUCCAGUUCUGCCUGAUAGAGGCCCUGUGAAGAACAGUGCGUCCAAAUACCUGCCUACACAACUAAUGGUAGUGGGGAUCAUCUCCUCGACAGAGGUUUGGCCUCAGUAUCCUUUGUUUGGUGUCAUUUUAGUGUGUGUGUAUAUAUGUAUAUGUUCUAGCAAGUUUGGUCACUGCUAGCUUAACUACCUGACUUGCUGUGGUCCCCAAUACAAUGAAAGGCUGGGAAACAGAUGGACAAAGUGUUGUCCUGUCUUUCACUGGGGAGCGUAGCUGGCCAAGUGUUCUGUCCUAAACUAAUGUUAAAAUCACAGCUAGAAUUCUUUGCAUUCCUCAGCUUCAAGCAAAGGAAUGCACAGUUACUACGAGAUGGCAAACCUGUUUGAGUUGGUGAUUCCUGUGAUGCUUUAUUCAGUCCAGCAUAGAUUUGUACAAGGUCAUCUUCCUCCUCUUAGUGUUCACAUAUUUUGGAUCAUGGGGCUUAAAGAAUCCGAACAGCCGUGUGCUGCUUACCUGAUGAGCUCUCCAGGGCAACUCUCCUGUGAAAUGCUCCCCUCUUGUGACAACAAGCCUGAACAACCAAAUGCAGCUACAUUUGGGUUGAAAUCCACUUCAUUUGGAUUUUUAGGGAGGUGUGUUCCAGUAACUUCACAGGAUGCUGUGUUUAAAAUGUGUGAUUUCUUUCCUCUCUCCUCAUAAAACUGGACCUGGACGCAAGUUUUGAGUUGUUGGGUUGUUUGUUGUUUGGUUUUGGUUUGGUUUGGUUUUUGUUUUUUUUGGUUUUUUUUUUUGUAAUAAUCUCAGGACCUGAAAGAUUGUAGCAUUUAGUGUGUCUUAAAAAUGAUGUACUGUACCAGCCAUGGAUUUUGUAAAUACACCUGUCUCCCUUUUUUGUAUUUUGAUUUUUAGAAGUAUGUGUAAGGCUCUUUGCCAGAGGAACUGGUGCCUGCUUAAUUUCCAUCCUGAACUGAAGCAGGAAAAGGAAGAAGCUGCUGCCACAGAAAGCCCGCAUCAGUUCCAAAUAUGUAUAUUGUUCUGGUCAGUUUAAUGGCUGUUAAGUCUUUUCGUUACUUGGGAAGAUGGUUUGUUUCCCUGCACGUUCCCAGUCAUGGCUAGUGGAACCCUAUCAGAGAGACUAAUUUUAACUCUCUUCUGUGUGACUACAUGUUUUCACUCCUUCCAGAUCUCAGGUCCGCUAUCCCUGAGAAGUCUGGUGUUUUUGGAAGUCAGGACUAUAGGACCUCUGCAAAAAUAGCUGGAGAGCAUUUCUCAUUUUAGCAGUGCUUUGGUCCAGACAGAGAAAUAGGGUUUCUAUAUCUGCGAUGCCACCUCCACCUGUUCUAGAAGGGACUUGCCCGUGUAUUUUGUGCUUUCCUGAAGGGAGUGCAAAGGUUUAUUAGUAUUUUUAUUUUUCGGCAGCAGACUUAGCUCUGGGAUCCAACCUUGCCGGCAGACGCCUGUUCUGCAGGAAGAGCCUUACCCAAUUCGGCGUUGCUGUGCCCUGUCCCUGACUGCGACAGGCUUUUUUCAUGAGUGUACUUUUUAUUUUCCUUUUUUAAAUGUCAUGUGUCUGUGCUGUAUUAAAUAAAGAGGAAUGUACAUAUUA